AUGCUGCUGGUGUCACUGUUGCUUGUGGGGCUGGAUGGUUUCCUGGGAGCUCCUGCAGGUAGAGAGGUCUACAGGAUGCCCCAGUCUGCACUCAAAGCUCUGUCUGACCGCGGCACUGUGGUUUUAGAGGCGGCUAUGGCGAGCGCCCUGUCUGCUCUCGAGCGCGCAUCAUCCGAGAAGAGUCGGGCUGAGGCGGACUGCAGGGGGUGUGUCCCCUGUCUGUUCCAGGAUUGUGGACAGCAGGCCAAUUCCUGUUUGUCACCUGCCAGUGGCUUGUCCGAGCCCAGCUGUGAUGACAUCAUUAAGGCUCAGAAGCUUGAUAAUGAAGCGGAGAGGAGUUGGGCUCUAAGUCAGGCCUGUGCAUACUACAGACAUCGCUGCCAGCUUGGCGAUUCGGAGAAAGAAAGCUGCAUCAGGAUGAUGGGUGAAAGCUGCAGCGCCCGAGUCCUCCAGUGCAGCUUGUUGAACACAAUGCAGAACCUGGAACCUGAUACACAAGUGCACACACAGGCAGCGGUGUGUGGGCGGAGAUCAGGCACUGGGCACAACAUCACGCAGCCUCGCUCGAGGAUUGUGGGUGGAUCCCCUGCUCCUCCGGGCAGCUGGCCCUGGCUGGUCAACUUGCAACUCGAUGGUGACCUGAUGUGUGGUGGCGUCCUGGUGGACAGUUCCUGGGUAGUCACCGCCGCUCAUUGUUUUGCAGGCAGCCGUAGCGACAGCUAUUGGACGGCUGUGGUGGGAGAGUUUGACAUCACGAAGACUGACCCAGAUGAACAGGUCCUCAGAGUCAACCGCAUCAUCCCGCAUCCUAAGUUCAACCCAAAGACAUUUAACAAUGACAUAGCCUUGGUGGAGCUAACAGCCCCAGUGGUUUUGUCCAACCACGUUGCCCCUGUGUGUCUUCCAUCUGGCACGGAGCCCCCUCACGGCAGCCCGUGUCUGCUGGCAGGCUGGGGCUCCCUCUAUGAGGAUGGCCCGUCUGCUGAUGUGGUAAUGGAGGCCAAGGUACCUCUGCUGCCCCAGAGCACCUGCAAAAGUGUCCUUGGCAAGGAACUGGUUACCAGUACUAUGCUGUGUGCUGGUUAUCUCUCUGGAGGUGUUGACUCCUGUCAGGGAGAUUCUGGAGGGCCCCUGAUCUACCAGGAUCAUAUUUCAGGUCGGUUCCAGCUCUUCGGGAUUACUUCGUGGGGUGAUGGCUGUGGUGAGAAGGGUAAACCUGGAGUCUACACAAGAGUGUCUGCAUUUUCUGACUGGAUUCAAGCAGAAAUACAGAAGUCAUUUGAGAGCCGGGAGCCAACAUGUCCAGAGCUUUUGAAGACCACAGCAAUGUCUGAAGAAGAACAGAGGUCAGAGUUCAGCUCACUUUGUCACUUCUACUUCCCUGACCUGCCCUCCUGGUUCAUCUGCCAGCUCCUGCAACCAAGUAGCAGAGAACAAGUGCCUCACCCGCUUCAAAAAAUGUCAGCUACGUUCCUUCCUGCAGACACUGCUGGACCUACUGCAGAGGGCAGAGGACUACAUCCGAGACAAGGUGGACCUGAACUUCUUCACUCAGACUCUGCCUCAGCUGGUGGAGCAUGUCUACAGUGCAGCUUUCACUCACACCAGAGACAGACGAGACCUCAGCCUGAGCCGCCAGGUGGAGCUGUGCUUCCAGAAAAACAACAUCCAUCAGCGGCUCCUCCAGGCUUUUUCAGCGAGGUGGGCCCUUUGGUGGAUGACUGGGAGAACUACUUGAAAAGUGUGGCUGACCACUUGGAUGAACUAAAACUUGACACGUCUGCAGACAGAUCUACACCACCAAGACAGGAGGACAGUCUCUUUUUACAGGCACAGGAUUUGUCACUACAUGAAGUCGAGGGAGAAUAUCUAUAUCUUAUCUCGACUCUACGCUCCAAACUGGCCUCCAGAGCUCCUCCUCCCGUCCUGCACUUGGACACAUCCCACCUUCAGGAGGAAACGACCAGCACUACGCCUGUCAUUGGGACACUCAGCAGUUACUUCUCCCAGGAACUUCAGGAGCCUUGGUCAUUUCUAAGGGCUCUAAUGAGUAAAACUGACCAAUUUAGGACACAAGAUGGUAUUUUCAUUGGAGAUGGACAACACAUACAUCAGACUCUGUCUGGUACAGAUGUCUCGCUUGCUGUAAGCUUGUACGAUCCGUCAGAGGGUCUGACAGAGCUGACAUCAUCCGUGAUCCCGCUCACAGUGCAGUCAACAACCAUCAUCCAGCCAGUCAGUGAGGAUGACAGCGUGGAGUCUGCUCAGCCUUUGAACCCUCAGAGAAAGGGCAGGAGCCUGUUUCAGAAGAGGCAGCUAGCCGGAGACAGCGGGAAAAUUUGUCCAGGAGUGAGAGAGUCGUCACAACGCAUCAGCCACAUCAGAGACUUGUACCGCUGGGUCCUAAACAUCCCAAACCACAAUCUGCGUAUGAACUUCCAAGAGGUUUUAAUUGAUCUGAGCUCCAAGAACAAUCGAGGGCUUUACAAGGCACGGAUCAAAGCAGUAGUGGCGGGACGACCUUUGACCUUCUACAGUCUGGUGGGCCUUGACAAUGAGUCAUUCUACCGCAGUGCGCCAAGGGUUAUCGCUGUGGCUCUGGAUGCACUCAAGAGUUAACGUUACCGUCGCGCCAAGUGAGAACGGACAAAAGGCGGAAACCGUUCAAAUUAAGGACGAUUACACAAACGCUCUGAAAGACACUUUGUCCCGAG